AUGGUCGCUGCCGUUCUCGAAACCCCUUCCAAGGCUGCCGCCGCGUCACUGUCGUCGCUCGAUCUGUCCAAGCCUUCCUCGAUCGCGUCGCAGCUCAAGAAGGAAGCCGCCGUCGUCGUCGCCUCCAAGCCCACGACUGAUGAUGUCCAGACCGUUGAUGGUCGUGACCGCUUUGUAGGCAACCUCGACAUCAAGAGCGACGCCGACGAGCCACUGCUGAGGCCGACGGAGGCGCGCUUCGUCCUCUUCCCCAUCAAGUACCACGAGGUGAGCACAUUGAUCUCAAGUCUCCCCCUUUACCCCUUUGAGCAUCAGACUUGGCUCCGAGCGGUGCGAGGCAUCACUUUGCCGGACUUUGGUCGGGGCUCAUUUUUGCCCGUCGCGCCUCUGCCCGUCGCGCCUCCCCGUCGCGUCCCACUGCCCGUCGCGCGGCGCGUGAUCCCCUCCCCACCCCUUUCAUUUUGCCGAUCGAAUCUGAUCCUCGCCAUCAUUUUUUGCCAAUUCAGAUCUGGGCACAGUACAAGAAGGCCGAGGCAUCCUUUUGGACCGCCGAAGAGAUGGACUUGUCCAAGGACAUGCACGACUGGGACAACAAGCUCAAGCCCGACGAGCGCUACUUCAUCUCGCACGUCCUCGCCUUUUUCGCCGCCUCCGACGGCAUUGUCAACGAGAACUUGGUCGAGCGAUUCUCUGGUGAGGUCCAGUCCGCCGAGGCUCGAUGCUUCUACGGUUUCCAAAUCAUGAUGUACGUACUCGAUGACACCGUCACUGUCGAGUCGCUUAUGCCCCCGUGUGUGACGCGUCGGCACUCCACGAUGGACGUGCGCUGAUCUGUGACCUUCAUCCGUCCUCGCGACACAGGGAGAACAUUCACUCUGAAGUCUACUCUCUCCUCAUUGACACCUACGUCCGAGAAACUGAGGAGCGCAACAAGCUCUUCCAAGCCAUUGACACGAGUGAGUUACGGUCCGCGCUCCCGUUCGGCCUUCGCCGCCUCGCUACGAUCUUGCAGCUGACCGGCGCUUCUUUUCUUCAGUUCCCUGCAUCCGCAAGAAGGCCGACUGGGCGCUCAAGUGGAUUUCGGAUGAUCGAUCUAUCUUUGGUGAACGACUUAUCGCUUUCGCCGCUGUUGAGGGCAUCUUCUUCUCUGGUCAGUCCUCGUCACCGUCUUGCCCGCUCCGCGUUGCCAUCUGCAAACGACUGACCCCCAUCUUCCUUUGUCAUCUGAAAGGCUCGUUUGCUUCCAUCUUCUGGCUCAAGAAGCGUGGCUUGAUGCCCGGAUUGACCUUCUCCAACGAGCUCAUUUCGCGUGACGAGGGCCUUCACACCGACUUUGCUUGCCUCUUGUUCUCCCACCUCGAGCGAAGACCUCACCCCGACACCGUCGCGCUCAUCAUUAAGGAAGCCGUCGAGAUCGAGAAGGAAUUCUUGACCGAGGCUCUUCCUUGCGGUUUGAUCGGCAUGAAUGCCAAGCUCAUGUGCCAGUGAGUCUGCUUUGCCGAUUCGUCCGCGCGUUUGUUUUGUCCAGUCGCUGAUUCGAGGCCGUUCUCGUUCAUCUCUCUCAGAUACAUCGAGUUCGUCGCCGACCGAUUGUUGGUCGCCUUGGGCAACCCCAAGGUCUGGAACACCGAGAACCCCUUCGACUUCAUGAACAUGAUCUCGCUCGAGGGCAAGACAAACUUCUUCGAGAAGCGUGUUUCGGAUUACCAAAAGUCGGGGUCAGUACUCUCGUCCCUUUGACCGUGAUUCGCAUCACGCGACAGUCAACUGACACGCUUGAACGUUGUCGCCAAAAGUGUCUCGUCCGCCCAAUCUGCACGAGAAGCCGGAGAGGACGUCAAGUCGGCCUUCUCCUUCGAGGAGGACUUUUAA